AUGGAGCGAGAGCAAGCAUCUCUGAUUAACCUUCCGGACGAACUACUCCUUCAAAUCCUCUACUACCUCCCACCCAAGAGCACAAUCGCCAUCCGCCUGACCUCACCUAAGUUCAAGUCCGUGACCGAAACCACACUCCUAUGGCGCCACUACUGCCGAACAGAGUACCAAUUCUGGGACCCCAAGCAAGAAAUCUCGAAAAAGUUCCUCGCACCCACAGCAGAGGUGCGGUGGGAGAGCAUCUUCGCGCAGCGGCGCGAGCUCGAUAUUCUGAUCGCCGAGACGCUCGACAGUCUGCUAUCCUGCCAGCAACGCCGUUAUGACAAGAUGCAGGAGAUUGUGGACGCCGGGUACGACGCGAAAGACGAGUUGUUGCGGCAGUGCAAAUGCCCGGGCGACGCGGAGGAUGUGCUGGCACGGCGGUACUGGAGCCAGGCGACGCUAAACACGAUACACCGGACCAUGGCGAUCGAGGAGUGGGAGAAGCUGCAGAAGGGGGAAGACGUGCCGCUUGAGAGGGCGCUAGGCGCAUUCGACAUGUUUGUCCUUGACACGAGGGAGGGCGACUUCGACAACAUCUCGCGGCAUAUCGACGACCUUGCGGAGCGGGUACGGGCAGAGAACCCGGACCUGGACAGCCGAACGACUCGGCAGAAGGCCCUCGACGUCGCCCGAUUCCUGCGAGCACACGACCUCACCGGCGUAGCCUCCGACGAAGCCUACACGGCCCUCCGCAACAGCUUCAUCGGCAUCGGCCUCAACGACCCCUCGCACCAAGCCCUCCCCCUCAUCUCCACCGCGCUCUACUGCUGCGUCGCGCGCCGCCUCGGCCUCUCCGCCGCCUCCUGCGGCUUCCCCUUCCACGUCUACGGCAUCGUCUACGCCGCCCCAGGAGCCGACCUCGACGGCCGCGCCAUCCGUCCCUCCUCCGGCGACGACGACCAACAGACCCUCAUGUACGUCGACCCCUUCCGCUCCGACCAAGAGGUGCCGUUGCGCGACCUCACGACCCAACUUUCCCAAAUGCGCGUCUCGCCCUCCAAACACCCCGAGCUGCUGCGCGCAGCCAGCACGCGCGAAAUGGUCCUCCGCACCGGCCGCAAUAUCAUGAACUCCGUGCAGCAGAUCCACCAGCGGGCGGCGAUCCAGCCCGCUGACACCGCUGCCCGCAGUCUGGCGUGGGUGUCCACGUUCCCGGACAUGGACAACGCGUUCUACAGCACGCUGUGGGCGAUGCUGUUACUCGGGCUGCAGCCCGGCGAGGACCAGAGCGCCGCCGCGGCCAUGGUGACGAGACGGCGGACGUAUCUGCCGUACAUAUUCGAGCAUUUUCAGAACCACUUCCCGUGGGACGCGAGGUUGAUCGCCGAACAUAUCGUGCCGACGUUCCGGGGGCUGCCAGAGCUGGAGCGGAUUGAGAACAUUCUCGCUGUGCAUAGCGAGGCGAAUCGGAAUCCAAAACUCGUGCUGGAGCGGAGCCCGGUGCUGGAUAUCAAGGUCAAGUAUAAAAUUGGCCAGAUGUUUAGGCAUAGACGGUAUAGGUAUGAGGGCAUUGUUUGUGGCUGGGACGCGCGGUGUGAAGCCGGGGAUCUGUGGAUCCAGCAGAUGGGCGUGGAUAGUCUGCAGGAUGGACGGGAUCAGAGCUUUUAUCAUGUUAUGGUCGACGACAGGAGCAUGCGCUAUGUCGCGCAGGAGAACAUCGCACCUAUCGACACGGAGCCGUCGGAGGCGCUGUUGAGGCUUGCGGGGAAGCACUUUAAGCGAUGGGACGCGGAGAAGAGACGGUUUGUGAGUAAUAUCAAGGACGAGUAUCCUGAUGAUUAA